AUGGUGUCUCAGUGGUCUCUUUGGCAUCCCUUCCGCAUCUGGCGCAGCGAAUUGCACACUCCACAAUUGACUCAGUGCUUCAACUGCAUGUUCCAUUGUCGCCAUCCAUGCCAUCCUCAACCAAUUCUCCAUACCUUCCUCAGCGAUCCUGUUUCGCUUUCUGGACCUUCGCUGCCCAUCCUGGUUCCAAUUCCUAUUCCGCUGACCUCCAGAGCCCCAGCUUCUCUCCUCGUCCACAUUGGUGUCAUCAUCCUGAUCAGUCCUAUCAGGGCAGUCUCUUGCUUUGCGUCCAUGCCUGCUGCAUCCAAAGCACCUGACACUCUUUCCCUGGACCUUAGAAGCUCUCUAUGA